GCUGUUUGGCCUGUAUCGUCAGUGCAGUCUGCAGAAUUGGAAACUCUCCAUCGAAUUUCACUUUUAAUCAGCUGUUUAUCAGGAAGCAGACACUUCUAUCAGCUGCAGCAGUGUCAAAGGUCCUCAGAGGCUGCUGCCUAAGCAGGGUUGCUUUCAGUUUUUGCUGCAGAAAUUCAUGUUGCACCGCCCAGUGGUUAUGUCACGAACCAUGGUUUUUGCCUUUUUGGCGUGCUGCUGUGUGGUGGCCGCCCCCUGGCUAGCCUCAGCACCCUUCCCGCUCAAGCCAUGACAACUGCAUGUAUCACGCUGAGCCAGCAUCCCACAGGACGUGCAGUCGCUGUCUCUUAUCUGCCAUCUCUUUCGACCACCUUAAUCUUUCCAUGCACGCUCUUUGGAUUAAACUCUGCUUCUGACCAAACACAGCCCAUAGAUUCCUGUCGAUCUCUGUGAGCACAAGGCCACACAUUUUUUUCCCCAACACUUAGUCCUUGAGAAAAAAACCCUGACUCUGCUUGUAUAUCCAUGCUUCACAUUCCCCACUGAUAGGCAUCCUCUGUGAAAUAUCUCAAUCUUGCAUAAGACUACUGUGACCUCAAACAUCCAGCCCUCUUGAAAGCCUACAGACUCGUGGUAAAAAGCACCUUUAAAUAAAUGUCAAUGAUUUGAUUCUGCCAACUAUAAAUUAGAUUUAGACUCUUCUUUCUUUUCAGGCUCUUGUGUAAAUUAAUUAACAUGUCUGUUUCCAGUUUUAGAGCGUUGUAUUUUACUGGCAUCUGCUACACUAUGGCUUGUUGUACAACGGGUGAUUAUAGUAAAUUAGCCCUGGUUGCACAUUAUAGUGGUGGUGGGAAGGAGAAGACAGCCACACAAAGCAGCCUAAAUGCAGCACUGUCAAGUUGGUUUUAAAUCAGCUGUGUGUCACGACAGCGAUGACUCUUCUUUUUCACCCAGAACUACUACUAUGAUGGUCUUGAGCAAAGCCUUCAACUCCAGGACUGCUCCACAGGAGCAGGGUGAUAAAUAAGAGGAGGAGGGGCAGCAGAGCUUGGAGAAUAUCCAGGCCGAUCAGAUCUUCCCCAAGAAGUCCCCCGUCCUUGAGGAGGAAAACAUGCAGUUGCCCUUUCCUGAGCUGCACGGGGAGUUCACAGAGUAUGUGGGGAGAGCAGAGGAUGCCAUCAUCGCAACGUCCAACUACCGCCUACACAUCAAGUUCAAAGAGUCCGUUGUUAACGUUCCCCUUCAGCUCAUAGAGUGCGCUGAGUGUCGAGACAUGUUCCAGCUUCACGUCACCUGUAAGGACUGCAAAGUCAUCAGGUGUCAGUUCUCCACCUUCGAGCAAUGUCAGGAAUGGUUGAAACGUCUGAACGUGGCAGUGCGCCCCCCCUCUCGCCUGGAGGACCUCUUCUCCUUCGCCUUUCACGCCUGGUGCAUGAAUGUGUACGCCGGCGAGAAGGAGCAGCACGGCGAGCUGUGCAGACCAGGCGAACAUGUGACCUCCUGGUUCAAGAAUGAGGUGGAGAGGAUGGGCUUUGACACUCAGAAUGCCUGGAGGAUAUCUGACAUCAACAGCAAGUUCAGGCUUUGCCCCAGCUAUCCUCAGCAGCUCCUGGUGCCAGCCUGGAUCACUGACAAGGAGCUGGAAAAUGUGGCAGCCUUCCGCUCCUGGAAGAGGUUUCCUGCUGUGGUUUAUAGGCACCAGACCACAGGGGCUGUGAUCGCCCGCUGCGGUCAGCCAGAAGUCAGCUGGUGGGGCUGGAGGAAUGCCGACGACGAGCACCUGGUCCAGUCCAUCGCCAAGGCCUGUGCCGUGGACGGCACCUCCCGCAAACACCUUUCCAAUGGCAGCUACACUAACGGCUCUGACCUGCCUGACACUGACUUUGAAUCCUCCAUAACCAACAGCUCUGAGGUGGAGACAUUGGCCAUCCAGCCCCAAAAGUUACUAAUCCUGGAUGCCAGGUCCUACGCUGCUGCUGUAGCUAACCGGGCCAAGGGGGGUGGCUGUGAAUGCCCAGAGUACUAUCCCAACUGUGAGGUGGUGUUUAUGGGCAUGGCCAACAUCCACUCCAUUCGCAAGAGUUUCCAGUCUCUGCGUUUCCUCUGCACUCAGAUGCCUGAUCCAGCCAACUGGCUUUCUGCACUGGAGAGCACCAAGUGGCUGCAGCAUCUAUCCCUGCUGCUGAAGGCAGCGCUGCUGGUGGUCAACGCCGUGGACCGAGACCACAGGCCCGUUCUGGUGCACUGCUCUGAUGGCUGGGACCGCACACCUCAGAUCGUUGCUUUGUCCAAGCUGCUAUUGGACCCUUACUACCGCACUAUUGAGGGCUUCCAGGUUUUGGUGGAGACAGAGUGGCUGGAUUUUGGCCAUAAGUUUGCUGACCGCUGUGGCCAUGGAGAAAAUUCUGAAGACCUGAACGAGCGCUGCCCGGUCUUCCUGCAGUGGCUGGACUGUGUUCACCAACUGCAGAGGCAGUUCCCAUGCUCCUUUGAGUUUAAUGAGGCCUUCUUGGUGAAACUUGUGCAGCACACCUACUCCUGUCUGUUCGGCACCUUCCUGUGUAACAGCGGUAAGGAGAGGGAGGACCGCCACGUUCAGGAGAGGACCUGCUCAGUGUGGUCACUGCUGAGACCGGCCAACCGCACGCUGAGGAACAUGCUGUACUCCUCACACUCCGAAACUGUUCUCCACCCAGUGUGUCACGUACGCAACCUCAUGCUGUGGACGGCGGUCUACCUGCCCAGCUCCUCUCCCACCACCCCCUCCGAUGAGUCCUGCGCCCCUUACCCCGUGCCUGGUGACAACCCCGAGGACACGCCCCUGGCCAGGCGUACGAAGACUCGCUCUUUCGACAACUUGCCCAGUGCAUGUGAGCUGGGAAGCUCACUGGCACCUAACCGUCGCUCCAGUGACCCAAGUCUCAAUGAGAAAUGGCAGGACCACCGGCGCUCUCUGGAGCUCAACAUAGGCGUGGAUCCUGAGGGAGGGGGGAACCAGGAGCAGGAUAUGCGGUCUAACGGAGUGGGACCUUACCCAUACGGAGGGGACUCUGAGCUGGACGACAGCCCACAGCCCCGGGGCUCAGACACUGAGCUCGGGCAGGGGGAUUCUGUGAGCCCAGCAGAAACAAGAGAGGAAGCAGAGGAGGCAGAGCUUUCCGUUGUGGCGGGCUUGGCCGAGGGCCAGAUGGAGAACAUCCUUCAGGAAGCCAGUAAGGAGGAGGCGGGGGCAGAUGUUCAGAGAGAGGAAAGUGCUGUCGUCACACAUGUCAUUGACACUGUUGACACAGAGGUGGAGAAAGAUGCAAAAGUUGAGGAAGAUGUUGAGUGUGCUAAGGUCAACGGGACUGAGAUCCAGAGCGAAGCAUUUGCUAAUGGUUACCAUCCAGAAUGUGGUGUGAUUGAGGCCAAGGAGGAUGGUGAGUCUCCCCUUCUGCCUGCACAGAAGGCAGAGGAGCUUGAUCAGCAGGCAGCUGAGGUGUCUCCUGCACCAGAGGAUCUGGUAAGGCAAGAUGUAGAGAACUCUUCUGUACAAGAGGAACGUGCAGGUGGGAACAAUGAGUCCAGCUCGGGUGAGCCAGAGCAGGCUGCAGCCCAUAGAACUAUAACUAACGGCUUUGUGGACACGUCACCUGAAGAACCAGGUGUUAAUGAGGAGGCCUAUCCUGACGCUGAGUCUGUCUCGGUGCCGGGUGAUCAGUUGGAUAAGAGGGCCUCCCUGAUGGAAAGCUCCACAGAGACUUUAACUGAAGAGGCCUGCGGCAGGUUGGAGCUACCAGCUCAGACGCCUGUUUGCCCAUAUCGUCAGCCCUGCAGUGAUGGCAGGAGCGGGGCGCCCUGCUCCAGGAAAGAGAAAGGACCUGAGAUAGGCGAGCCUGGCUUCAUCAGAACUUUAAACGGGGGCAGCAAGCGACCCUCUGUCAGUGCCUUUCAGUCUGUGAGUGCUGACCUCAGCAGGGACUUACUUUGUAAUGGCGACAGCUCUGAUGGGGAGCCCUGCAGAGGACCUCACUGGGCUAAAGGGAAUGGGGAGAGGGCCCCUCUGAGUCGACAGGUGUCCCUUGCGAGCUGCAACUCCCUGAUCCUCCAUCCGCAGGGCAGCUGCUCCCAGCACCGCUGGUGCCACGCCCUGCUAAACCGGGUCACCAUUAGCCCGGAGCAACCAUCCCGCAGCCAUCUGGACGACGACGGGCUGACGCUGCACACAGACGCCAUACAGCAGAGGCUGAGGCAGAUCGAGGCGGGACACCAGAUGGAGGUGGAGACUCUGAAGAAGCAGGUGCAGGAGCUGUGGAGCCGCCUGGAGAAUCAGCAGCACACCGGCUCCCACAGGAUCAACGGAGACAUGGGAGAUGAAGUGACCUCAAUGACAGACUCCGAGUACCUGGACCCCAACUGUUUGUCACGCUGCAGCACCGAGCUCUUCUCUGAGGCCAGCUGGGAGCAGGUGGACAAGCAAGACACUGAGGUGACUCGCUGGUACCCAGACCAUUUGGCAGCCCAGUGUUAUGGCUGUGAGAGCAGGUUCUGGCUUGCCACCAGGAAGCAUCACUGCAGUGGCAGGGAGCCUGUCCAGGAGGUCUGGAACUGCGGUAACGUGUUCUGUGCCAGCUGCUGCGACCAGAAGAUCCCAGUGCCAAGCCAGCAGCUGUUCGAGCCCAGCCGCGUCUGUAAGACCUGCUACAGCAGCCUCCAGCUCAGCCCAGCUCCCCUGGACCUGGAGCUGGAGAAACCCAUCACAGCGAGCUCCAACUGAGCAUCAGAGGACUGGGACAGAAGGGACUGUAGCUUCCAGCCGCUGACACAGGAGCUACACAGAAUGUCCCAUGAACUUUAAGUGUGUGUGUGUGUGCGCGCUGCAGAUGUGGAAUUCAAUGUGUGUAUAUACAGAGGAGCUGAAUGACAGGACACUCAGAAUGGUGUUGUGCACAGCGGCGGGUCGUGUGUGUGAGUGCACGUGUGAGAGGAGGUCACACAUUCACCAAACAGAGGGUUUGUGGCAGUGAUGGACUGCACUCCGAGGCCAGAGGAGCGAGAAUGGACAUCCUGGUGCCUUGGACCAGGCAGGCAGAGAAGGUUGUCUCACUGGGUUGCUGAAGUCUCUUGAAGGGGCUUUGGUACAUUCAUUUGGUUCAUCCCCUCCCCCCAUCCCUGCCCAUCAACACUUCUCAUCAGACUCAUCAUCUCCUGGCUUGCACUUCGGCUGUAAGAUCAGGAGCUUUAUGAAUGUUGUUCACAAAUGUUCAUGGAAAAGCUUAAAUGGUCAGUUUACCCAAAUUACCAGAACAUAUAGUAAUAUAUUGAUCUCUAACCAUGGAUUUAGUCUGAGACAGCAGGCCACGACCAUUAUUUUCAUUGUCAAUAAAUCUGGAAAUCAAUUAGUCAGAAUUCUUCCUGUAAUUAUUUGAAGCUUAUGCCACACAAGGUUACAUAUUCAGUCCAGACCCGGAGAGUGUUUGGCAUCUGCUAUAAUUGUCUGUAAUAUGAAUAUUUGAUUAUUAAUUCAAUUAAAUCUUAUUUUCAUUGCGCCAAAUCAUAACAGAAUUCAUCUCAGGACAUGUUUCAUGUAAUCAGGUCCAGAGCGUAUUGAUGGAGGCAGAACAGAACUUCUCAUGAUGAGGAUUUAUGGGUCCUCUGGAUAAUCCACAGUUUAGUAAUUUGGGUGAACUGUCCCUUUAACAUACUCUGGGCUGAAUCCCAACUCGGCAUAUUUGCUAGCUUUUGUUUUGAUUGGCUCUUCGCACACACUCACACACACAAAUACAAAGUAGAAAAACAAAAGCAGCAGUUGUGUCUGCAUCACUGAGUUUGUGUUUAACAUGUUGUUGUGAUUCAACCCAGAGGAUGUUGCAAUCCUCGAUGAUUUCAACAAAAACACUGUUGGGAUGUUCAAAUAGUUUAUUUCUUAAAGUACAGCACUUCAUUGAUGUCGACCGCAGCGUGGAGAGUGGAUAAAUCUCACCCCUGUGAGUCUCACGACAGCACCAGUUAGCGAUCUGUAAGAACGGCUUCAGAACAUGAUGGUCGCUCAGCUCUUCCACGCUGACAGACUGUUAUCACUGCAGUGGCUGCUGGGAGUGUAAAGUGAUGUGCCGCAGCGUUGACAGACACACUGUGUAAUCUCUCCUGUAAGCCACACCAUCAUGCCCUUCACCUACAACAGCCCCCUUUUUAUUCUUUUUGCCCAGCAGGCACUGGGAGCUGGACGUCUCGCUCACUUUUCAGUGCUCCAGUGGACAUCACAAGUGAAGUUGUACAUUUAAGAUGUUUGAAAGCUCCAAUUCUGAUUUUCAUUUUGUUUUAUUUAAUUGUUUGAGGGGAUACUUGACCAUGAUAGCACUUGUGAUCUCCACUCUGAUUGGCUGAAAGGUGGAGGAGAGCCGCGGCAGCAGAAAGGGCUGUCUGUACCUCCACACAUGACUCACUGAGACGCCCACUCUCCCCCACACCCAUUCAAUGACCUCCCUGCGCACAUGCACACAUCGUUUUUGUAAAAUAAAUGAAUAAAAUAAUAUAUUCAGAUACCUAUAUAGCAUUUAAGAAAAUGUAUAGAAUCCUUGAAUAGUGGCUCACUUAGUCACCAAAAAGUUUUUUUUUAAUAUCUUUGUUUUCUUAUGUUAUUAAUUGUAGAAAGAUCCGUAUAUUUUGCAGCCUGUUAAGGAUGAACAGGUGUUUUUGUUUUUUUAAUAGAGAAGCAGGGUGUCCUGUUUUGAUGCUGCAGUGGUUUUCCCUUUCAAAUGCGAUCAUUACUUUAAUUUAAUUUAUUACGAUUUUCUUUUUGAAUUGCUGUUUUUAAAAUUCCAGACAAUUCAAAUUGCCACAGGAUAAUCAGAGUUUAAGAGACGGGAAGUGAAAGGUGGUUCCGAUCUGUGCUCGUCAGUUCUGUUUGGUAUCGGCCAAAUCAUGGCAGGAUUCAUGACUCAUGAGGUCAAGGUGACGUGUAGCAUCGUGUCGCCGCCGACGAUCACACGUCCCAGUGAAUAAAACGAGCGUCUAGUUGCUGAGUGACACUUGCUUUCGAGAUUUGUAUCAUGGCCUUUGUUGUUGUUUUUUCUGUUUAUCGGCUGGAGCAGUAAAGGUACAACACACGACCGCAGACUUUCAUUUUAAUUAUCUUAUUUUUGAGACUGCCAAUCUUUAUAUUCUUCAGCUCGUCGUGUCAGCAGAGGGCUGGCUGAGGUUCACCACACAGGAUGACCUCCGAUUUCCGCUAAUUUUCACUAUCGGAGGCGAUGUGUGACUGACAACACGACACUGUUUAGUCCUACUGGAGACGUAUCUAUUGACAUCUCCUGUUAUUUGACUGGUGGCAGAAGAUUGAAGCGUUUAAGGUGGUCAGAACAACAGGCGUGAAGUGUUUGUUUUCCUCACUGCUCUCCUGUGGAAGUGGUGAACAUGUUGAACUCGACAGCUCGACCUUCAUUCUUUCAAUCACAGUAGAUAACUAAAAAGUUUGUUUGCCCUCUGCAGAUGAAUAGAUGCUGUCUAAUUAAAUAUUUCGGAAAACACUUGAACAAGCAUUGCCAUGGCAACAAAAGUGGCAGCGAAUUCAUUUGAGGUGGUACUUCUGCAUUAAAAUGUGAAGCAAAUUCAAAUUUAGUUUGACCCCUAUGAGUUUUUGUUUUCUCUUCAUCUGUAGAUGGAAUACUGAUCUGCGACCACAAAUAUUGACUUUAUAUAUUCAUAUAAAGCUGGCCUAUAAUCCUAGAUCAGUCCAGUUAACAGAUGAUUUAUUCCGAGGCUUCACACUCCUCCAAAAGUGAUGCAUCUUUGUCUUAAACAUAAUUUAUAAGAAGUGAACACAGACUGAUCAGAUGCAGGGUGAGGAAGGACGUCUACAUGAGAUGCAUAGUCCCCUCUCAGCCUGCUCUGAGGCCAAAGUUCUUUCACAGAUGCUCUGACAGUCAGCAGCAUGAACCCUCCCUCUGUGUCUUUCACCACCAUCACAGGCGUUUUGGGCACCAAGCUUGUCUUGUUCAACUAUCCAUGAAUGUGACACGUCUUUUUAAAAAGAAAAAAAAGGAGGGAAAAAAGGCUAUUUUUUGCACAUGACAUCAAGUAGACACUGCCACAGAGUGCAUCAAAAUAAAGCUGGAAGUAUGCUGUGCUUUUCAGUAUUGUGACAAGCAUUGUGGUUGUGUGUGUGUGUGGGAGUGUUGGGUGACACACACACAUUGCCAGAAUUAUCCCCUGUUGUACUUCUUUUUUUUUUUUUUUUUCCUCUCCCAAGAAGUUCUGUUGUAUUUCUCUUCACUCACGCUGACCUGCUCUAUCAGAGGCGUCACUGCAAGGGCCCACUAAUCACUUGACAUGAAUGCAUACGUGUGUAUGCGUGUGGACUAUUGGUAUGACUGUGUGAGUGUGUGUGUCUCUUUUGGUGGAGAUUGGUGCCAAGCAGUUUUAUUACGGGUCUCUCACAAAGGGAUCACUCGUGCUUUUUGAUUUUCCUCUAUUUUUUUUCUUCCCUCCUGUUUGAUAAGCACUUUGAACCUUCUCAUGUCUGUCAGAGGAGUGUGUAGCUGUACAUAGCAAUUUCCUGUAACAAGUGCUCCUUGUUCAGUCUGAAUAUUUUGUUUUGUUGGAUUUACUUUAAAGAGCAUUACAUUGUUGUAGAAUUAAAAUGAGAAAUAAACUAGAUAAACCUA